CCUCAUAUUCUUCUCUCAUGAUGUCUGCCGUCUCUUCCUCUCCGACAUCCUUCCGCUCCUGCGCUGCCUCUACCAUCUGCUGUCCAAUCUCUGCGUCCUCGAGGCCAAUUACUCCUGGCUGCCAGGCAAACACUUGUGAUCGACAUUGUUGUUGCCUCUAUUCAAGAAGUCAGGUCCAUGCUCCGGGCUAUUUCAUGACAGAAAUCAACCUGGUGUUUGAGCAUGUCGAUCUUGCUGGGUAUGCUUGUAGGGGGCUGGCGAAGAGGAGGUCGAAACGACACGACAAAGUCGGAAUAAGGAAGGUGAAGCUCGCCGUGACAGGGUGCUGAGGCCAGCUGUCAAGCGCGUCAAGCCGAUUCAGGCAGUUACAGAAUCCACUGUCGUUCAAGACAAGGCUGGAGACCCCCGGCGUCAAAGUGUCACUUAGGGACCCUGUGGGCGCCCUAACAAUGUUCCGAGAUUGUCUUCCCCAGAGAUAGCCUAUCCUCGCGUCCCCUGUGUUGGUUGUGGAGGGCUUCAACGAUCACGACAACCGGGGCGCGGCUUACGUACCUCCGCGCCUUCCAACCUGGCUAUUUUUCUCCCUGCAACCUUGAAACAGUACUGGUACUGGCGCCAUGCUGCACCAAUCCAGCAUCACAUGCAAAACAUGCGCUUCAGUUGUGUUGAUGACGAAAUGGUCAAAGCUUUGGAACAGCGGCGGCUGCUAGAGAGGAAAGGAGCCAACCUCUCCAUGUUAGCACUAACGAGAGUGAUGUGACCCGAAUUGGUCUCAUGCAGCGACUACCAUAUACCGCGAACGCGUCCACGCCUCUUAGAAGUAAGUAGUGCGAGUCAAGAGGUACGGUCUUGACAAGAAAGGGAUCGAUUUUUCUGAUACGAUAAGGCGGCGUUGUGAGUGGUACAUGUUAAGAAUCGUCAGUGACAAAAUAUCGGGUGCAGGACGACGAUCGCCAGCCGCAGCCUUGUGCGGCUCAACGUCCCCCUUACUUUGGUCUCUUUGCUCUGGUCUUGCCCCACGGUUUAUGGACUUUAUUCUCCACUUGCUGUCUGUCAUGAUGACCCGACAAGUUGUACACUCGCAGAUCCAUCCAUAUUGGGAUCACAAAGAUUAAGCCACUAUAUGGCCUUAGCCUACAACUACAAGGGAUCGACGUUGGCAAUUCCCCAUGAAAGGUGACGCUACAGGGAGCACGGGUGAAGAUGGGAUGAAGAUGAUGCCAUUCUGGAUAUGGCUUGAGACCACGGGGAAAACAACAUGAUGUGAUGGCCGAAGUGGUCAAAGACAAGACUCCAUAUCGACGCCGAUUCAAAUUUCAGGAGGCUCUCGCAAUGGAGCUGGGUCUAACUGACUGAAGAGCACCGACAUACUUAAAGCCACAGGUGGCCCAUGAUCCUUUCUUCCUUCUCGCCAUCGCCUGCAUCUCAUCUUCUCUCAAGCUCUAUACAAGUGCUCAAACCAAGUCCUUCCUUUGCCGUUCCCUCCGUCACUCAUUCAAGACACGAAAAGUCUAUUCCAAUUCAACCAAGCAAGAUGCGUUCCUCAGCUGUUAUCGCCACACUCCUCUUCACAGCCUCUGCGCUGGCUGUUCCCUUGAAUGCUGCCUCAGGUAGCAAUGCCCUUGAGGUCAAGCGGGAAGCAGCACCCACCGUGGAUGCCGUCGUUGAGAAGCGUGCCCUCAUCGACUUGUCCCCCGUGACCAACCUUGUCGGCGACCUUUUGGCUACGGUGACCGGCUUGUUGAGCACCAUCACCGGCUCCGUCACCGACCUCGACUCUUCUAUCAACAAGAUCCUGAGUGACGCAGAGACUGAUGUCAAUGGAACCUUGACCACGGUCAAGUCCACUCUCUCAGGCCUGAUUAGCCAGUUGGACAGCACCCUCGGCAGCCUUGGUCUCUCGGGAUCUUUGGGUGGCGUCGGUUCCGACUUGAACACCAGCAUCACGGAAGUCCAGACUCUUUUGACCGAUGUGGAAGCUCUUGGUGGAAAGGUCGAUGCCGGCGAUCUUCUGUCUGAAGUCACCACGCUGGUCCAACAACUACUCAGCGCACUUACUGGUCUGACCAGCUCAGCCACGAAGCAUUAAGUGAUUUGAAUCCAACACCGGUUGUACCACCAAUUGAAUCAACAGCAGCUACUUCCUAGAGUAGCUACCCAGUGCCUGGAGUCUUGUUCUCUGCUCCGGGACCACACCCAUCACAGAAUGAUGGGCUAGCUCCUUGUCCAAAUCAAGCACGAGACAGAGCGCAUUUUGAGGGAAAGGAAGGCGAUGAAGGAAGCGCCCAUAGGAAGGACUUGGGUGCCUUGGUUUCUUAUACAUGCAUGUUCUGCCGUGGGAGUGGAUCACCUCCCUUGCAUAGAUAGGAUGUUUGUAAUGAUAUCAAAUACAAGCGAAUUGAACCAUA